CGCGAUCUCGCGAUUACGAGAUCGAGCGACGGAAUUGCAUCACGACGUUCUCGCGGGAGUAGCGCGGGCGCCUCGCCAGCUGAUUUCGCCUUAUCACCCGUAUCAAAGUCCGCCCGAGAUGGGAGGGAGGCCGGAGGGGAAGAAGGCGACAACGCGUGUGUUGGUUCGGCGAGUUUCAUCGGCGAGCCGACGACGUCGUCGAACGUCGUGUCGCGCGUCUCUAACUGCGGCCAAUCGUCCGUAUCGGCGAUCAUCACGGAGAAGCUGCGCGGAUUAUACAAUUGGCUCUGCCUCAUGGUGGCGAUCUCCACGUGCCGCGCCGCCGUCGCCACGGCCUUCAGGGCCGUAAUAUUGGGCGCGCCGGCCUCCGGCAAAGGCACGGUGUCUUCCAGGAUCGUCGAGCAGUUCGGUGUAUCGCAUAUAUCCAGCGGAGACAGGCUGCGCUUCCACGUGUCCACCGGCACUGAUCUAGGUAAGAAAGUGAAGAAAUACAUGGACAGCGGCAGCUUCGUACCGGACGAUAUAAUGAUAUCCUUGAUCGGCCAGGAGGUCGAGUCGCUGGAGAACCCAAAUUGGUUGCUGGAUGGAUUUCCGAGGACGCUGGCGCAGGCGGAACAACUGCAGAACCUGCAUCCGAUCAGCGUCGUGCUGAAUCUCGUGGUGCCGACCUCCGUUAUACUGGACAGGGUGAGGAGUAGAUGGGUCCACUUGUCCAGCGGCCGGGUCUACAACAUCGGCUUCAACGACCCACGAGUGCCGGGCAAGGACGAUGUAACCGGAGAGCCGUUGAGCCAAAGAGAGGACGACAAGCCGGAGGUCGUGCAGAAGAGGCUACAGGAUUACACAACGAAGACUGAACCUGUCGUGCAGUUCUACCGCGAUAUUGGGAUACUGAGGGAAUUCCGCGGCAACACCACCAACGAAAUGUGGCCGGUGAUCAAGGAUUUCGUGGCGCAACACGUCUAAUCUUUCCAUUGUCAGAUUUCCUCGACGAAUCCCCAUAUCAGCGAAUCGAUCGGUCGCGUAGAUUCGACCUAUUCGGAUCAGUCGGAUUCUUAGAUGCAGUCUAGGAAAAGUAGUCUGCCAAAUUUAGUUCAAUUCUAAGGCCUAAGAAUUUUUUUACAUUCUUAUAGUAUUUAAAAGUUUAUGUCAGUUUCGUUUUUAUAUUGAAGAAGUCUUUUAUAUCUUUGCAUCUAAGAAUUAAAUUAUGAAUAGAUAGGGGGGGGAGGAGGAAGGGGAAGAGUGGACCUAAAAUCGAUUUGAUUCACACGCAAACACACCGUAUAUGAUCUUAAAAAAGAAAAAAAAAAUGUUUGAAGACGACUGCGGUUACAACGACAGUAAGAAAAUGCGCGCUGUGCUUCUGCGCUUAUUUUGCCCGUGGCACACUUUCGUACACAUACGCGCGCGUUCGGCUUUAAGUUACGUGCCAAUAACGGCCGACCUCGGUAUCGACAAUAAUUGCACAUGACUUCGAGAGAUAAAAUGCUGGUGAGAUAAUCUAACGAGA